CCUCUCUUUUAGACAUCUUAACACCUACCAGAAGGUCAGAGGGGGCCUGGGGAUCCUUUUCCUGCUGUUUGCCAUCCUGUCCACUCUUGGCUACUGGUGCAGCUCAAUGAUGUGGCUCAAGGGCGCGUUGUGGGAGAUGUCCAGGCUUCGUGGAGCUGAGCAGGAACUAUUGGGCAAGUCACAGGCCUGGGUGAAGCAGGAGAUGCAGGACUUCAAGAAGAUGGUGACUCGGGUGUAUGCUGCGAGUGGGAGCGUGCUACAGAUCAUGAGAGAGGUCCUCAAAGACCAUGCUGUCCAAGAGGAGCAAACAGAGGAAAUUCUGCAGUUGACCGAGGUGGCAAUUAGGAAGGUGCUUGAGAACUAUGCCCAGAUGCCUGACUGGGCUCUGGAAGCCAUAGGUGCCACCAUCGAUGAGGAGAGGACAUCCAGGAGUUACGGUGGGGAAGGCAGGAUGACCUGGUGGCUUUCUCCAUUCAGCUUCUCUUCUGUAAACCCUCCUGCGACAAUCUUGCAGCCCAGUAUUGCCCCUGGCAACUGCUGGCCUUUCCAGGGAUCUCAGGGCCAUGUGGUUAUCCGGCUGCCUGAGCACAUCUGGCCAACAGCUUUCACCAUCUGGCAUAUCUCCGAGGCAGUGUCUCCCUCUAGGGAAGUGAGCAGUGCCCCCAAAGAGUUUGCUGUCUCUGGAGUGGAUGAGGCAAUGGCAGAAACUGUCUUGGGGACAUUUACCUAUGACGUGCACAAGGAGAUCGCUCAGACAUUCUAUGUGCAGAAGGAGCUUCCCAGGACCUUUCGUUACAUCAAAUUCCAGGUGCAGAGCAACUGGGGAAAUCCAGAAUACACAUGUGUGUACCGAGUACAGGUUCAUGGGAUGACAGCAAGCCACAACACCACCUGCAGGCCCUAGAGCUCCUUUAGGAUAAAUAACAAAACAAGGAUAUGUGUAGUUGGACUUGCGUAUAUUCCUUGCAAAAGUUCUUCCAACGAUGCUUUCAUAGCUUGCACCGCUAGUGGGCAAGGGACCUUCCUCCCUUAGAAGAAGGAUAC